AUGUCUCCACCGGGCUACGCGCCUCCAAAGGCCCCACCGUGGGCCUCGCAGGCCUCUGCCUCGCUGGUGGCGCCGAGAGUCUCCAGCGCGUUCGAGCGAGCAGAGGGCGACCCCGCGGCGAGGCCUCGGCCCGACAGGAGCCCCGACGAAGGUGACCAGUCGUCCUCGGGGAGUGGAGACGAAGAAGUGUCCUCAGGCUCUGCUCUCUUCUUGCUCUCUGCGAUUCAGAAAGAGAUCAAUCGCCAUCCUCUCAUCGACUGUGGAAACAGCACGCCUCCCCUCACUCCGCGGUCUCCUGGAGCUCUGCACGAAGAAACACACUCUUCGUCUUCCUCUUUUUCGACUUCGCCUCUGGUGUUUUCGUUUUCUUCCUCUCCUUGUUCAGUCGCCCCUCCCUACGCAGGCCUCGCGUCGUCUUUGCCUCUGACGUCUGCGCUGUCGCCUCCUCGCUCGGCCCUCAGCGCGUCUCUGCCCACCGCGCUCCUUCCAGCUCAGGCUCACCAGCUGGAGGCGGUUCCCGAGGAGACAGGCGAACGGCCAGAGAGCGCGGAUUUCCUCUCUGUGCCGACCGAGCAAGCGGCCGAUCAAGGCCAAGGACGACGGGGCUCGUCUCCGCCGCUUCCGUCUUUCCACGCUCUCGCACCGAGUCCAGAUGCAGAGCGUCUUUUCCCGGAACGCGCGCGAGGGCCAGGGGCGCUGCCUGCGCAGCGCGUUUGCGAAGAGGAAGCGUGCGAAGAAGUCGGCGAGAAGGGUGUGCGUUUCCGCGCGAGAAACGAGCGGGAAACUCGCCACACGGACAGCCGCGAGGAGACAGAACGGCCCUUCGCCUUUGUCGCCGGAAGCAGUCUCCACCACUCCGACCUAGUCGCGAGCGCAGGCCCCGACGUGGAGAGCCGAGGCGGAAGGGAAGGCGGUCGCAACGCACAGAGCGAGACCGUGAAGGAAGACGGCGAGAAAACGCUGCUCCGGCUCCAAAUUGCACGACUGAGAGUCUCCCUUCAGACCACGGAAGCAGAUCUCCAGAGGGAAAGGGCCCAAAGGGCGGAUCUCCAGAGAGAGCUCGACAGGAGCAUGGCACUUCUGGCGGCGCGCGAAGUCCCGGCGCAGCUCGAAGCCGACGGCGUUCACUCUUCGCUGUCUUCUGCGCUUCUCCUUCAACGGCUCGAAGACAAGCAGAAGGACGCGUUCCUCAAAGCGAAGAUCGCAGAAGCUGCGGAACUCGCCGCGGUUUUGCAGGCCCAGAAAGUCCACACGCGCGCAGAGACGGCGGCGCUCCAGGAAGAGCUCGACUUCGCCUACAGAAAAGUUGAAGAGGUCGAGAGCGUGGCCGCGGCGUUUGAGCGGCGCGUCGCUCAGCUGGAGAAGGAACUCGCCUCGCUUCGGACGGCGUCAACCAGCUUGGAGAACAGGCUCGCCGAGGAAAUCGCCUCGGCGGCUGCGCGCGAGGCCUCGCUUGCGACCGCGUUGUCUCUGCAGGAGAGACAGGUGACGACUCUGGAGAGAGAGAAGGUGGAGCAGGCGAAGCGCCUGAGACACGAAGAAGAAAAGAGCGCUCUCCUCGCGCGAACCCAAGGCUCCGUCCGGGAACUGCAGGCCGAGCUGGACGAGGCCCGCCGGUCUCUGGCGAGUGUGGGGUGUCUCUCUUCCUUCUCGCUCCGCGUCUGUGGGGCCGAGAGAGAGCCAGGCGACGAGGGCCAAGGUCGCCAAGACGACGGCCUUCUCGCGUACGAUGGGCAAGAUUUCCUGCUUCGCCUCGAGCGCGAGGAGUGGACGCAAGUCCGGCAGAGCCUCGAGAGCGAACUGCGGACCCUCGACGCAGGCCUCGCCGAAGAGAAGGUGGCGAGGCGGCAGACUAUCGAGGCACUGGAGGCCGCCGAGAGGCAGCUGCUCGCGAUGGAGGAGACACUGGGGCGGGGACAGGAGGCCGAGGAGAGGCGCGAGGCCGAGCGCGAGGCCGAGCGGCGCCAGGUGGAACGGUUUGAGGCGCACGCCGCCGCGCAGUUCCACGCCGAGUGCGACCGACUGUGCGCGAGUUUCCGCGAGAAGGAGGCUGCGUGGGAGGCGGAUCGCGCGCAGUUCGCGGCGGCUCUCAGCGAGAAGGACGCGGCGCUGCUGGCGGCGCACAGCCGGCUCGCAGAGAGUCAUCUGAUGCUGGAGACCCGCGAAAGCAGGUGCCAGCAGGAACGCGAAGUUCUGGCUGGCCGAGUCCGCGAGAAAGAAGAAGAAAUUUACAGCCUGCGGGACGCGCUGCGGAGACAGGACGAAGCGGCGCGCGACAGAGGCGAAGCGUGGGAGCGAGAGCGAGAGAGAGACCGCGAGAACUUUGGAGUGCGCAUGCAGGAGAGAGAGGAGGAAGUGCAUGCGCUCCGCGAAGAGCUGAGUCGACGAGCAGAACGCGAACGGGAGAGGGAGGCCGAACACGCUCGUGAGAGGGAAUCGCUCGAAGAGAGUCUAAGACAGCAGGCAGCAGACGUUCGCGGGCUCCGAGAGGAGCUGGAGAGGCGCGAGCGGUCCCUCGCGGAAGACCGCGCGUGGGAGACAGAGGGGCGAGCACGAGAGAAGAGAGGAGCAGCGGAGGUCCGGGAAGAGAACGGCGUGCUGCGUGCGCAACUGCGCGAGCAAGAGGAGGAAAUCUGCGCUUUGAAGGAGACGCUGGGGGCCCGCGAAAGCGAGGUAGCCGUCGUCAUUCAAAACCUCGAGGCGAAGCACGAGACGCUACAGACGCAGUACGCAGCCAUCUCGUAUCUCAAUCGAGAACUGAGCCACCGUGUCGAAGAGCUUCUUCCGCUUCUUGCAGAGCGAGAGCGAGAGGGAGGGCGAGAGAUGAGAAACGCUCAGGCAGAGCCUCGCGGCGAGGGAAACGGGCCGGAGACGGGAGACAGCGAGGCGGGAGCGAGAGGGAGACCGAGGGACUCGGUCGAGGAGGUCGGCGGAGAUGGAGACCCGACGAAGAACGACGCAGAGCUGGAGGAAAGUUCGGGACCGAACGCAAGCGAGAGAAAGCGCGAAGGGAAGGGUGGGUUCUCUGGGCCGUGGCCUUCUCUCUUGUCUUCUUCUUUUUCGUCGACUUCUCUCGCUGUGUCACGCGACAUCUCCCCGGACCUUCUGGCUGUGUCUGCCUCAGCUCCUCCAUCAUCCGCCCCGGGCAUUCCGGACCAGCCACGAGGAGACACCAGGCUGCGCGCGUCUUUCUCCCGAAGCGAAAAGCCUUCUUCUUCUUCGCGCUUGGACGUCUGCCGGCAGAGGGCGCGGGCGCUGCUGGACGCGUCGAGUUUGACGAGUUCGUGGGACUCGGAGAGGCGCGAGGGCGAGCGCGCGUUUGCUCUCGACAGUGGCCGAGGCUUCGCGCUGUCUCGGAGCGACGACGAGUUUGCGUUGUCCACCUCGUGCGUUUCUGACAAGCAAAAGGCGCUGGACCUCUUCACGCAUCUGGAGCGGGAGAUUUGGCGGUCGCGGAAGGUCGGACCGCCUUCUUCCUCUUCUUCCUUCCCGGCGUCUUCCCAUCGCCAGGUGACGCCCCAGCCGUGGUUUUCGCUCUCGGGAACGCGGGACGCUGGAGCCCUCCCGCGUGCAGAACGCGGCGAAGGUGGUCCGAACGCGCACGACCUCGGCUCGUCGAGGGCGAUCCUCGGCUGGGCGCUGGCAGAGCUCCGGGCACUCCUCGAGCAGCGCGGAGACAUCGAAAGCAAAGUCGAGGGCCGAGAAGAGGAAGAGGGAAACGAAGUCGAGGAAGAAGCGCCGACAGAAGGGGAGACAGUGGAGAUCAGCCGAGGGACAAAGCAGGGAGGUGCGAGGGGCGAGGGAGAGGAGACUGGCCUUUGCCCGGCUGGUGAGACGCAAAGGGUGUUGAGCGGGGCGCGCCUGCGCGCGGAGCUGGGCAGUGUGCGGGCGCAGCUGGAGCGCGCAGAAACAGCGAAGGAAGAGAAAGAACGCGAAGUGCGUCUUCUUCUCUCCCAGCUGCGUCGGGCGGCUGCGGCGUUCUCCAACUCGCGUGCCGCGCCUGAGGAUCCGGCUCUGCCCCCGCCUCUCCCGACAACUGACGGCUUCUGUCAGACGAAGAAAGUCGUGAAAGACUCCUUCCUCUCGCGCCCCGUUCGCGAGGCUGCACUUGAACCGCCUCAGGUCGUGGCGAAAAUGGAACAAGGCUCUCAGACUGAAGAAAACGAAGAGGGAGAAAAAGAGAAGGCGAAAGGAGAAGAUACAAGCAGAGUAGAGAGAGGAGAUCGACCACCUUUGAAAAGUGCAGAAAAAGGGAGGACUGAGGGCGUCUCAGCGCGUUCAGUGAGUUUGCAGACUGAGGGCGUCGUCUCAGCGCGUUCAGUGGGUCUGCAGACUGACGACAAUUGGCUGUCUGGUUUCUCUGUCGUUUUGGCUCCACACUCGUCCCUUCCUGCACGUCCGCCGCCUCUCGCGGUUGCGGCCUGCGGAGCCCAGGCGAACCUGUGCGAUCUUCAGGCAGCGUGGGAGGCGGGAGAGUUGCUUGCAAGGGGCGCCCGAGGGGAACCUUGGGGCGGAGUCAGCCAGGCGGUCGUGCGAAAGCACGCAGAGAUGCAAACAGAGACUCCAGACGAGGCGCCGUGCCUCCACUGCGCCGCCUCGCCCUCCGCCUCGCCUUCGCUCGCGCGGACCCUCGUGCGGCACGUGAAGAUCCAGUGCAGCCUCCGAGGCCGCGAAGAGCGGCCAGGGAAGAGAGAGGCCGAGAGCGAAGAGGCGCGAGAGGGCGAGCGCGAGAAGCGGCGAGACGGCAGAGCCAGGCGAGGAAAGGAGACACAGGCCGCAGAAAGCGAAGACGCGACCACUGAGCCUGGCGACUCCGACUGGGGGGAGAGAGACGACGAACGGAGACACACGGGAGACAGCGACAGCGGAGACAGGGACAGCGACAGCGGAGACAGUGUGGGGUCUGGAGUGUGUCGGAGCCUGUCUUCGCCGAGUCGGUUGGAAGGGCGGGAGGCGUCUCUCUUCUCGCGCGAAGCUUCAGAAGGGACUCGGCUCGGAGGGGAAGCAGACAGGAAGCACGGUGAGUGGAGCCGCGAGGGCGAUCGCGUCGGCGCGUCUCGAGCGGCAAGACGCGAGAGGCGACACCUGCAGGCUGGCGUCGCCUCGGAGCGCGUGAAACCGGGAAAAGAGGAAGGCCCGAGCCGAAGAAGCGUGCAUAGAGCGAGAGAGACACUGGGACGAGACACAAGAAAGACGCUCCAGUGGGGAGAAGGGGCGUGGAGAGGAGACUCUCACGGGAGACCCAGAGACAGAAGAGAACGCGGAUCGGAGAGCAAGAGAGAAACAGGGAAGGAUCCAAGAACAGGAGGGCGCAAAAGAGAACGGGAGGGCGACAGAGGCAGAGGGACGCGUAUCGCGAGCUCUGACACAGACGAUUUGCUCCCAAGUGACAGGCGAGAAGGCUACAGAUGGAAGGAGGGAGGCCACGCGGUAAAAGCAAGACGCAGUUCUCGGUCCCUGGCGCGAUCCUCUCGACGGUCGAGCAGCCGACGGCGCGCCGACUCUUCGCGUCAGGAGAGACGAGGGACAGAUGGAGACGGGCGACGCAGGGGCCACUCGUGGUCAGAGAGCUCGUUCUCGGGUGAGUGUCCGAGGUCUCGUUAUUUUUCUGAGAGGCGGCCGCGCGAGGCUUCCAGAAGACGCCAUGAACGGCGGCCAGCCUCGUCUUCGUCGCCCUGUCGACACGCGAGAAACCCCCGUUCUUCUCGUCUCCGAUCCCAGACACACAGCAACUCCUCUCGCUCCACUUUUCCCCCCUCUUCUUCCUUUUCUUCUUCCUCGUCCUUUUCUUCCUCUUCUUGUUCUCCGCGGCCUCGAGUGGGUGCGAGAGAAAGCGUUGAGGCUCUGGUCGAGUUGCUGAAGGAGGUGGACGGCGUUCGCGGGCCCGGCGACUCUGUGUCGCGGCGUCCGCCUCGCGCCCGCAAGCUGCGCCCCGCGCCGGCGUCGAGAAACGAGCACAGGAGCCGCGGGGCGAGGCGGCGAGGCAGGGGCGAGGAGAAGCGGAGCCGCGUCGAGGCCGCCCUGUCUCUCCGUCUCGCGGCCUCAGGGGACAGCUCGCGAAGCGCAGACUCCAGAGAGAGACGGGGGACGAGGCAGAGGCGGUGGACGGAGGCAGGUGAAGACGCACGCCUGUCUCUGCUCGUGGGCAGAGCGCAGAACGGACUGGACGCCUUUCGGGGGAAGCGGCGCGACACGCGCAUCGCAGAAAGGAGGCGAGACAGUGGCGCGAGAAGAGAGAAGGCGCUGUUCUGGAUCGCGGAAGGCAGUGAGAUCGACGUGGGUUCUGGCCAACGACGCAGGACCGGCAACAAACUCUGGAAGCGGGAAGCUGCGGGGGAAGUCGGCCCGCGGGCGGAACGUGCGGUGUACCUACACCGCAACCUGGCGCGGGUAGCCCCGGAUUCCUGUUUUUCGGAGACGGAGGCGAGACUCCCGCGGCGCGCUCGCGUCUCAGCCACGCCGCAGGUGCUCUUCCGCGCCGAAGUUUUGUCGACAGCCUCUCCGUUCUCUGCUGCCGGGGCGAGAAGCCCUCGCUCUCUCCUCUGUUCUUCUUGCGGCGGCGGGGCGUUCGUCUUGGGUGGAAAUGACCGAGAGCUCGCUGCUGAACUCGCCGCCGACACACAGGCGACUUCUUCGUCUUCCCGGUCGUUCGAUCCUUCAUCGGGUCCUUCGUCUUGUUUCCUUUCUUCUCGCUCUUUCGGCGAUGAACGGGUUUCUGCCUGCUCAGUGGCGGGAGAGAGGCCGCAUGGGCCACGCAGAUGUCGCAGCGAGAACCCUGCGCGGUGUUCGCGUUUUUUCUGCGCGAGGGCCGGCGAAGGCGCGACUGGAGGAAGGUCGUCCCUCGUUCUCACGGCACGUCCCCACCAAGCGUCGGGAGUUCAACCGCGUGACUGGGGGGGAGCUCAAAAAAUCGUUUUCUUCUCCCCGUGCUCUGUGUGCUCCACAGCUGCGUCCUCGCCGCUGAUGCCCGGCGCUGGCGCCAUCCAGAAAACGAGCCAAAAUGACAGGGGCUCUUCCUCUGUCUCUUCUUCCUCCUGUUCGUCCUCCUGUUCUUCCUCUUGUUCUUCCUCCUGUUCGUGUUCCUCUUCUUCCUCUUCGGGGAAAAGGGGGAAUCUUGCUAGGUUGGAAGAGCACGAGAGGAGGGAUGACGCCACUGGCGCGCCUGGGAGAGACGGCGGAGAGCGCGAGGUAGAGAGAGGAGAGGAUGAGAAGGAAGGACGAAGAGAGGACGAGAAGAAGGUCGCGAUGGAAGUGGAGGCGUUGAGGCACCAACUGAAGUGCCAGGAGAUCUCGCUUCUUCUGUUCGAGGAAGAGAAGAAGGAGGAGAUGGAGAGAGAGGAGAGAAAGAGACGCGAGCUCGAGGCGAAGAUGCGCGAGCAAGGGAAGGAGCUCGAGCGCACAAGACAAGAAGUCUCUGAGAAAGAAGAGAGAGAAAAGAUCUUGCAGCAGCGCCUGCAGGAGGCACGGGACCUCCUCGACCGCCUGGCCAAACUUCGAGGCAGACAAACCGAGCAGGAGGAUCGCAGGGACGGAGAACAAGCGAGAGAGCAAAAGAGCGACGGAGACCCGGAGGAUGGAAAAGAGCGACGCAGUGGAGCGCUCUUCCAAGAAGACGGGGAAGAAGGGGCGGAGGCAGUGGAGGCCAGGGAGACACCGCGAGAAGCGGAUCGAGAGGCUCAGACGGAGAGGCGCCUUUCUCUGUGCCCAAAGUGCAUGCGAGAAGAACAUGGCGGGCAUGCGGAGGGCGGCGAGGCAGGAAGCUCCCAGCAAGGAGAGGAAGGGAGACGAGAGAGAGAAGCCAGGACGCGGAAACUCGAAGACGAGUUGCUGUUUCAGAAAGCACUUCUCGCAGAGAGCGAAGAACGCCGGCGCUCCCUCGAGGCGGAGUUGGUUGCGGCUUCGACUGAGCACCAGGAGUGCCAUGACCGCUGCGUCGACCUGCAGCGACAGCACCACGCCCUCGAAACCGCGGAGCGCCGGUGCGCGCAUUUGUCUGAGCAGCUGAAGCAGGCCGAACGGGCGCGCGUCUCGGCUUCCCGCGCGGCUGCGCGUGCACUGCACCAUGCAGAGACGCAGCUGGGAGCGGCCGUCGAGGCGCGGGCGGCGCGGGAGGCUCAGUUGGCGGCGGAGGUUGCCUGUGCGCGUCGGGAGAAGGAGGCGGCGGAGCGCGUCGCCGCGGCGCUCCGCGAGCGAUUGGCGGCGGAGGCGCGGCGCGGCCCUGACGCCGAUGAACUCAGAGAGGCCUUGGCCCGCGAGCGGAGGGAGAAGGAAAGCUGGCGGGAGCGCGGAGAAGCGGAGGCGAAGCGUCGGCGCGAACUGGAGAGACAGCAUUUGCGGCAGAUUGCAAAGAUCGAAGACCUCCACAGGCGGCGACAGAUGCAAGCGCGGCAGCUGCGGGGGGAGCGCGAGGCGGCCGAGCAGUUGAUGGAGGAGCGGCGGCGGAUGGCGGAGGCGCAGGAGAGGAGAGACGCCGAGAGAGAGGAAGCGUUCGCGCGGCGACAGGCUCAGCUCCAGGCGAGCCUCGAGAGCCUGCGCGUGCUCGUGAAGCAGCGCGAAGAAGAAAAUGCCUCACUGGCGAGACGCGCCGAAGAAGAGCGGGAGCGCGCCGAGGCGCAGGCAGAGAGGGAGAAGGAACGACUCGAACGUUUGGAGGCGAGUCUGUGGCGGCUGAAACGCGAAGGCGAAGUCUCCAAGGGCCUCGAGCAGGAUCUGCGCGCAGCCCUCAAGACGCAGCGCGAAGAAGGGGAACUGCUCGCUCUCGAGUCCGUGCAGAUACGGGCACUGGCGACACGGCGAGAAAGAGAGAAGCGAGAAUCGGAGGUGCGUCGAAUCAAAACAUGCGUCGCUCUGCAAGAGAAAUACCAAACGCUCCUCGUUCACCUCGCUCACGCCCUCGUCUCGCUUCAAUCUGGAGGGGGAUGCGAUGCGCGGGCAGAGAGCACAGGCAAGCGAAGAACGCUGGAAACGGACGCGGCGACGGGAGAGCAUGAGAGAAAGCAGAGAGAGCGGCAGGACACACGUGAGGAAUGUGGAGAUGGGCGACAAACAGAAUCUUGCAAGCAGGAGGGCGUCGGCCAUUUGCUUCGUCGGGCCUUCGACGCGAUUGAGGAGGCGGAGACAGACAUGCGGCGCCUGCGAGCUGAGUUGAAGCGUCUCCGUACGAAAGAAGACACGAAAAACCGGUCCAGUUCAGAUGAAAACGGCGAGGACGACGCAGAACACCCCGAGGGACAGGUCUCUCGAGGUCGACGCCACAGCGGAAAAGUACGCUCGCGCUCGGCCCUGCCGGCUCUCAGUGUCUCUUCUUCCUCGUCGUUUUCGUCUCCUGUUCGUCCUACACGCUGCGCCAGUGUCCACGAACGCUCGUCUUCCGCUUCGUCCGCUUCUUCCUCUUCUUCCUCUUCUUUCUCGUCUUCUGGGUCUUCUUCCGGUUCGUCGCUGGGAUUUUCCUUCUCGCCAGAGGCGAAGCACGCCUUGGCGCAGGGGGAGGCGUGCAUGCGUGUCGGCUCGCCAGAGAGUGAGAAGGAAGCGGGGGACGUGGAAGAGACCGCGGCGGGGCGCGGCGUGUGUGCCCGGUGCUGCUUCUUGGAAAAACAAUGCACGGCUUUGCAGCGGUCGACGGAGGCGCAUGUCGAGGAGCGGGUACUGGGAGAGCGGCGGGAGUUUGCGCGGAAACUGGAGGCACAGGAUGAGAAAAUCCAGAAUUUCUUGACGCAAAUCGCCGAGCAGAAACGCCUGUUGAGGCAGCACGAACUUCACGGUCAGCAGCAGGCGCGAUUGCUGGCAGAACAGCGAGAGGAGCUGCGACGCUUCGCGCGCGACGUCGAGCGCCUCCGCGAGAUGGAAAAGAACGCAGGCCAGGCGUGGCGGACCCGGCUCGAAAAACAGAAUGAAAAAGUCCUGGUGUUCGUCCUGGAAGCCCUCAGGCAGUACGCGGACUUCUUUGACUCCGUGCCAGAAAACCCGUGCGGAAACGCGGAAGGCGACGCUGGCCCUGGAAGCAAAAAGAGAGAAGAUUCUCGGCGGAACGGCGGGACACACGCGCGACGAGAGGGGAAAAGAGCGCGCGCGGCGCUUCCGAGAGACUCUGGGGAAGAAGAGAUGCCAAGCUGUUCGCGCGGCUCGGGCGUACAUACACCCCAGCGCAAUGCGAGCCCCUGGGGACAGGCGAGUGAAAGAGGGAAAAGUUCAGCUGGCAUGGAGGAACGCGAAAUGGGAGACAGCCAUAGCACGCGUAUCUCUCCGCUGCCGUCGCCCCACGCUCUGGAAGCGAAGUUGAUGUAUUCUCUCCUCUCUUCGCACGGCGAAGCCGAGGUUGAAGCCUGUGCCGACUCCUCGCUUUGGCCGACUCGCAAGAGCGGAACUCGAAGCGGGACCGAAAGCGAAACGGCCCAGGCGAGGAAGAGCCGGAGCCGCUCGGAAGCAGCUUCGAGACGCGCGUCUCCGCGGUCGUUUCCUUCUCGCGUCUCGGGGGGUUCUGCCCCGCGCUCCCGAGACGGCGCCCGCUCCUCGCGGUCGCCGUCGCCUUCGUCGGCCGUCUCAGCGUCGACGGCUGGGUCUUUCCUUGCAGGCCGAAGCGCGGCACGAGCGCGAGGAGACAGUCUGUGUGAAGCAGAGAAGGGUGCGUUUUUGUUGCAUGCAGAAAGAAAGAUGGUCGCGAGUGCGGCAGAGGGCUUGUGCGAGUCGUUCUCGCCCGAAGAGCUCCGCCGGUUGCGUCAGGUUAUUUCGCGAAUCCAUGAAUUGGUUUUGCGCGUGGCGGCUUCGAUUUGUUUGUGGAUGCGCCGCAAGUGGAGACUGCGCGAGAUCCUGCAGGCGAUGAAGCGGCACGCCGCCCAGACGCGCGAAGAAAGGCCACGACAAGCAGAGGAGGCGCGAAACAGAGGAAAAACACGAGCAACGUCCUCGGGAACACAGAGAGAACAAACUGGCAGCCGAGGCAGAGAAACCAAAGAUCGAGACGACAAAGAAGAAGAUCGAGAAGACCGAGGAGAAGAUCGAGAAGACAGCGAAGAAGAUCGAGAAGACCGAGGAGAAGAUAGAGAAGACCGAGGAGAAGACAGAGAAGACCGAGAAGGAGAUCGAGAAGACAGCGAAGAAGAAGGAGAUUGGGACGACAAAGAAGGGGAUGGAGAAGACAGCGAAGAAGAUGGAGAAGACAGAGAAGAGUUUUGGGUGGGGUGCCAUGGGCAAACGGCGACGAGUACGCGCCUCGCGGGACAAGACGCAGUGGGUAAGAAGGGCGGCGUGACAAGGUGUAUCGGUGUCCCUCUUUUGCGGUCUUUCUCCGAGUCUGGUCCGAAGGCGGCGCGAGAGAGUGGAAGACGGAAAGAGAACAGUCUUCCACGGAGACUAGGAGAUUCGCGGGAGUCUUCCGCCGCGCGGUUCCCUGCUCUCGGCUCCAGGCCUACGCUGCCGUCGCGCGCGUGCCCGACUUUGGCCAAGGAAAGGGAAGAAGCUGGCGACAAGCUGUGUUCAUCCUCGGGGUUGAGACAAGCGAGGCUGCCUCCUGGCCUGUUCUCAAUCGCCCCGCGCCCCGCCUCGUUUGACGGCGUCCGCAUGCCGACGUCGACGACACUCCCGCCUUGCACAAGUCCCCCGAUCCCGUCGCUCUGCCCGACUUCCUCGUCCUCUUCUUCCUCUGCUUCAUCUUCUUCCUCUUCUUCCUCUUCUUCUCUUCGCCUGCCUCUGCCGCAGCUGCCGCGUUUCUCCGUUGACGACGCGUGCUCGGCUUCUGUGGCGUUUGGGCCACCGGAGGGGGAGAAGGCGGAGACCGAAGAAGAGACGCCGUACUUUCCUGUCCUCGGAUUCGACGGGGCGACGAGCGGCGCGAGCAGCGGGUCGACUUCUCACGCUGAAGACCGGCCUUCCCUCUUCUCUUCGGUCUCUUCUCGCUCGUCGUCCUUCGCGUCUUCCUUCGCUUCCUUCUCGUGCGCGUCGAACCUUCUCUCAAGCUCCUCCUUUGCGCUCCCGCCCAGUCGACGUCGCUGCCUGGCGCGCCCGGCGGCGGAGAAAGAGGAGACAGAGAGACACCCUCGGCCCUCUUCUCGCCGGUGGAGCUCGUCCUCAUUGCGCGCGGGGCGAGCCGGAGAAGACGAAGAAGAGGGCCUUUACGAAGAGGGCGAUUUGGAAGACUCCGGAAGUGUGGAACAAGAGAGAGGCUUGGAACCGCAACACAGCGAGAACGAAACAUGGGAACUUGAAAGAGACGUACCAGACGGAACAGGAGACAGAAGAAAGGGAAGGCAUGGAAAGGAACGGGGAAACGAGAGGGAAAUAACGGAAAGGGGGAGAAAGGAGAGAAACGGAGACGCUGACGAAGAGAGAGAAGGUGCGGGCCGUCAGCUGGCCCUGAGCGAUUUUCUCAGUGGCAGCGAAGGCGACUGGAGGCACGCGCGCAGAGAGAGAACCGAAAAUGAAAGAGGAAAAACGUUCAAAGGAAAGGGAUCCUUCUCUCUUUUAUGCGAAGCCGAGAAAGAAGACGCCAGCAGAGAGCACGAAACGAGAGGGAACAUGUUUGCAGAGAGCGGCGUGGCGCCAACAAAGACGAAGGACAGGAGUGCUGCUCACUGA